UCUCGAGUUUGGUCGUGAAGUACUCUCCAUAUCGCGUGUCAUUACACACCCGAGUCAUCCUUUUAUUCGAAUAAAUUCACCCGGCGAGCGAAGUGACGCGCGUACGUCCAAGAUAUCACAUUGAUAAAUUGUCGAGUGUUAAGGCGCGAUGGUGCCGCGCGCACGGUGACUGAAUCGACUCACGCGGUCCCGGUCAGUUCCGUGCAUUCAAUAUGGCAGGUCGAGGUGGUUACGACGAUUCAAGAGAUUAUCCAACUCAUCGAAGUAGAAAACCUUUACCAACUGAACCACCAUAUACUGCGUAUGUGGGAAAUUUGCCGAAUGGAAUUGUACAAGGUGACGUUGACAAAAUCUUUGAGAAGCUUAAUGUCAAAGUCAUCAGAUUGGUUAAAGACAGGGACACCGACAAAUUUAAGGGCUUCUGCUAUGUCGAGUUUGAGGACUUGGCUGAUCUGGAGGCAGCAUUGGAAAUGGACGGAGCGGUAGAAGUAGACAAGUGUUUGAUCAAGAUCGAUGUAGCAGAAGGAAAAAGAAAUGACCGUGGUGGUGGCUUUGAUAGGAGAGGUCGUGGGGGCAGCAGCAGUGGAAGUGGAUUCAAAGGACGAGAUUCCGGCCGUAGUGGAUACGGCGACGAUUUUGAUAGUAAAUCCUCAUAUUCAAGAUACAGUGAUAGAGGCCCACAUGGAGGUAGUAGGCAAGGUAACGAUAGAUGGGAUUCUAGAAGUAAUAGAGGCAAUUACGGCCAAUUCAACGAUGACACAGGUGGAAAUCGUGAUUGGUCGCGAAGUACGUCUAGUAGGUCGUACACUAAUAAACCUCCACUUCGAGGAAGUGGUUCAGACCGAAAACCCUUCCCAGAUGACCCUUAUCACAAAGAUGCUCCUCCUCCAGACACUACUGGAAGAAAACGUUUGGAGCUCCAGCCGAGAACUGUUAAAGAGCCUGUGAAUUCAAUUGCGGAAUCAAGUAAAACAAGUUCUAUUUACGGAGGUGCAAAGCCUCGAGAAGAAAAAUUGAAAAUGCAGCUGGACAAGUAAAAUUAACGAUAUCAAUAGUCUCAGAUUUCCCCGAGGAAAUUGGAGAAAGAAACAUUGUUGACACAAAAUUUUAAAAUCGAUCUAAGAUUCCCUCAUAGUUUCCUAAAAAUCUAGUGGUGAUUUUUCGAACAUUCACAAUCAGGAAAUACCCUUUUGUUUUUAAUUCUUACAAGGGGUGUCACCCGCAAAGAAAGAUAUAUACACACACACACACACACACACACACACACACACACACACACACAGACAUAAAUCUAUUACAGUUCUAAGGUUUUUCUUUGCGCAUUUUUAAUCAAGAAUAAACAAUCUUUUUUCUUCUAAUAUCUUUUGUAUUUAUAAAUUAACUUCUCGAUUCUCAAUGAAAAUAGAGUAUUUGUAACUACAAUAUACAUAAAGAGAAAAAUGUAUGCACAAAUGCAUGCUCCAAUAGUGAUAGCGAUUUAUAUACAUAAAUGAUUGUUAAGAUGCUACGCAGUUGAGUACAUUUUAAUACUCGUGUCAAUUUAAUGUUGGGUUUUGUGUCUGUAAUAAUACUGAGGGUACAUGUACAAACUAUCACAAAUAUAAAAUGUCACAGCAUGUAUAUUUCAUCUUAACGCUAGUAUUUCUUAUCUGUACUUGAGACUAAGCCCGGGUUUAAAGAAGUACAAAGGAAAGUGGCGACUACACUAAGUUUCGUUUCCUUCCAUAGAAUUUUUACGUUAUACCGUACAACGCUGAUCAUUGUGUAUCAAUCGUUCGUUAAGGCAUACGUUCGUUACGAUAAUAGCAUACACUUGUUUAAUAUUAUUAAACAUUUUUUUUUUUUUCUUUCCAAUCGACCAGAAUGAUGAAGGAUUGUGAAGUAUAACAUGCGAGUGAUUCAACAAAUUUCUACAUUGCAGGGAGCGAAUAAAGGGAAUGCGCCGAUUAUUAUAUAUUAAUAAUUAUGUAAUAAAUUAACCAGUGCUAACAGUGACGUUGAGGAAUUGCGAGGAACGUCGUGAGAAUAGCAAAUAAAAUAAAAAACGAAACCUCGAAAUAAUAAUAAAUAUUAUGUAAAACAAUGCUUGUAUAUGAUAAUAUUUCCUGAAUAAAGUAGCUGUUUGCCUCGUA